CAAAGCGCAGCAACUGGAAGGUGUUGCUGCAGAGUGAAGAUGUUUCGGAUCGAGGGCCUUGCACCGAAGCUGGACCCUGAAGAAAUGAAACGGAAGAUGCGCGAGGAUGUGAUUUCCUCCGUACGGAACUUCCUCAUCUACGUAGCCCUGCUGCGAGUCACUCCAUUUAUCUUGAAGAAAUUGGACAGUAUAUGAAGAUGAGACAUCCUGUAUAAACAUAUGAUAGAAGAACCUGGCUACAGUUUCUCCUGCCUACCUGCAAAUGAAUAGGCCAAGAAAGGUGUAAGAGACUCUUUGAUUGAAUGGACAUGAAAGUUCUGUUUGUCAAGAACAAGUUGGGCUCUAGUAACUGACCCUUAUAGCUAAAAUAUAAAACUAUUGGGAAGUCUGAAAAGAUGUCUUGUGGUCAUAGUGUGCCCUUAUGCUGGUAAUAUUCAGCCUCUACAAAGGUUGCUGUGAUUGUAAAUAAUCUCAGACUCCAUUUUUAUUGUAAGGUGGUCAUGUCCAAAA